GAAUAAUUCUAUCUAAAUAUUAUAUUGACUUAUAAAUACGGAAAACAACAUAUACACAUGCCAUAAAGUUUUGUAUAAUCAUUACACAUAAUCAGACCGCAUCACGAAACCCCAUCAUGGCAGUUUCACCACUGGUGUCUCCUCUUCCUCCUUUCCUCCGUUCGACCUCCACAACGUCGCCGGAAAAUUCCACUUGUCGCGUACCCAUUCGCCGGAUACGGGCCUCGAUCUUGAAGAAGCCAUCGACGGCGGCCCAUCGGUCAAGUCCCACCGCCACGAACCUCCCGAUCCUCGAGGUCCCUGGGAAUUAUGGUUUACCGUUCUUCGGACCGGUUAAGGACCGGUUUGAUUACUUCUAUUUUCAGGGCAACAUGGAAUUUUUCCGGUCACGGGUCGAGAAAUACGGAUCGACGGUUUUCCGGGUCAACUUGCCUCCCGGACCCUUCAUCGCCGAGAAUCCAAACGCCGUCGUUUUGCUCGACGGGAAGAGUUUUCCGGUGCUCUUCGACACGAGUAAGGUCGAGAAGAAGAAUCUCUUCACCGGAACUUUCAUGCCGAGCACCAAACUCACCGGAGGCCACCGAGUGCUCUCUUACUUAGACCCGAGUGAACUCAACCACGGAAAGCUCAAGAACCUUCUCUUCUUCAUACUCAAAUCGUCGCGUGACCGAGUCAUCCCUGAGUUCCAAGCCGUGUACGCUGAGUUGUUCAAGAAGCUCGAGACUGAGUUGGACUCUACAGGAAAAGCCGAGUUCGUCGAGGCCGGCGAGAUCGCCGCCUUCAAUUUCUUGUCGCGGUCGUUACUUGGAGCGAACCCGGUUCAUACGAAUCUCGGAAAUGAAGCUCCGAAGCUGAUCGGGAAAUGGGUUCUGCUCAAUCUUCACCCAGUGAUCUCUCUCGGCCUCCCAAUGAUUCUCGAAGAUCUUCUUCUCCACAAUUUUCGUCUCCCAUCUUCUCUGGUGAAAUCCGAAUACUCCCGUCUCUACAACUUCUUCAACGAAUCGUCUGCAAAGUUCCUCGAUGAAGCAGAGAAAUUAGGGAUCUCACGAGACGAAGCAUGUCAUAACAUCCUCUUCUCCAUAUGCUUCAACAGCUUCGGAGGAUUCAAAAUCCUGUUCCCAAACGUUCUCAAGCACAUAGGUGAAGCCGGAGAACAGCUCCACACACAAUUGGCCAGAGAAAUCCGAUCGGCGAUCAAAUCCAACGGUGGACAUCUCACGAUCGGCGCCCUCGAUCAGAUGCCGCUGACGAAAUCGGUCGUCUACGAAUCUCUCCGAUUCGAACCACCAGUACAAUCACAGUACGGAAGAGCGAAGCGAGAUCUGGUUGUCGAAAGCCACGACGCAGCGUAUCGGAUCAGAUCCGGAGAGAUGCUGUACGGAUUUCAACCAUUCGCAACUAGAGAUCCGAGAAUCUUCGAUGAAGCAGACAAGUUCAUCGCCGAUCGAUUCGUCGGAGAAAAAGGAGAGAAGCUGCUGAAGCACGUGGUGUGGUCGAACGGGCCAGAGACGGAGGAUCCAACGCCGGAAAACAAGCAGUGCGCCGGAAAGGACUUCGUGGUUAUGGCGGCAAGGCUUUUCGUUGUCGAACUUUUCAGACGAUACGAUUCGUUCGAAGUGGUGGUGAAGAAGGCGGCAAUAGGGAGCUUCGUCACGUUGACGGCGUUGACCAAAGCGAGCUCGUGAAGCGCGUGGGAUGCUAAAACUGUAAAUUGUGGAUUGUGCACGUGAUGUAAUAGAAAAUCUGCUUUGCUCUUUUGGGAAAGCUGUAAUAUAUUUAAUGGAAAUUCUUUUUUAAAAUAAAAAAGUCUCCUUUUCAUGUAA